AUGAGCCAAUUCUCUCAUCUUUUUCCAAGUCGACUCUUUUCACGCGAGGCAGGCUCCUCAACCGGUCCCAAUCGAAAUCGGGCCUUUCUGUACAUGUCAUUAAUUGUAUUCGUCCUACUCUUAACAUAUCAGCUGGUCCUGAGUCGCGAAUCGUUCCAAUCAUCAAUAUCCAAAUGGAAACUUGGUCCAUCAGCAACCAAUUCCAAUCAUGGUGUCCAUUCAACCGGCAACUCCACGACUUCCGCCUCAGAUAGACCGUCUGGGCAAGCGUCACAAGAGCAGCCGACACCGUCGGCCCGGCCGAGGCAGAAAGAAUUGGUCAUUGCAGCCAUGAGCCAUGACAAUAUGUCAUGGGUCGAAGAGAAUGUACCGGAUUGGCAUGCGAAUAUCUACCGUGCGGAUGUCGCGCCGGGCAAGGCUAGUCUGACCGUCCCGGUGAAUAAGGGAAAUGAAGCGAUGGUCUUUUUGACGCAUAUCAUCGAUCGCUAUGACAGUCUCCCAGACGUGUCCCUGUUUCUUCACGGGGGACGAUAUCAAUGGCAUAAUGAUAAUCCACUCUAUGCUUAUUCCUCAUCGAUGACAGAUUCCGUCAUCUCCAUCAAUCAUCUCCAGCUCAACCACGUCCAAGAAACCGGCUACGCCAACCUCCGCUGCACCUGGAUCAUCGGCUGUCCCGCCGAACUUGAACCUGCCCGUUACUUGCGCGACAGACCGCAAGACCCCGAACAUCCGACAGCGGUCGAAUUUCCAGAUCGAUUCAUGGAGCUGUUUCCCGACGAGGAUCUUCCCGACGUGGUGGGUGCGGCGUGUUGUAGUCAGUUUGCCGUGUCGAGGGAUCGUAUCCGUUCCAGGAGGAAGGAGGAUUAUUCUCGGGCGCGACAGUUUCUGAUCGAUACCUCGUUGGAUUCGCAGACCAGUGGGAGGAUUAUGGAAUAUGUUUGGCAUAUCAUGUUCGGAAAACCCGCACAGUAUUGCCCCGAUACGAGACAGUGUUACUGUCAGACAUACGGAUAUUGCAACAUGACAGACGAGGAUCUGCGCAAUCAGUGGGUCUGGCGCGGUCUGAAAUUACCAGAUGGAUGGCCCGACUCGGAGGAGAACACGAAAAAAGUACAGAAACGGAGAGGCCUGCCGUCCUCGACAUAUUGGAUGUCACAAUGA